GGGGGGGGAAGAGGGAGAGAGAGAGGCUACCAUGACAGCGCCUCCUGAUGCACAAGUGUUUUGACUCGCGGGGACUAUCUUGUACGCAAGCAACUCAAUCAGCCCUCCCUCAGGCCGUUUUGUGUGGAUAAAAGCAAAGCCAGCUGACAUGGGGAAAGUGGAAGGAGGGAUGAAAUGUGUGAAAUAUCUCCUGUUCUUGUUCAACUUCAUAUUUUGGUUGAUGGGAUCCUUUGUUCUGGCAGUGGGACUGUGGUUACGUUUCGACCCGGAAACCGUGUCCCUGCUCAACGGUGAUAAGGCCCCAGACACGUACUUCAUUGGAGUGUACAUCCUGAUAGGAGCUGGCAGUCUGGUGAUGUUGGUUGGUUUCUUUGGCUGCUGCGGAGCUGUUCGAGAAUCUCAAUGUCUGCUGGCGUCAUUCUUUGCAUGUCUGUUGAUCAUCUUUGGAGCUGAGGUGGCAGCAGGCGUGUUUGGAUUCUUAAACAAAGACAAGAUAAUCGAAGACGUCCAAAACUUCUAUGCCACGACCUACAAUGAAAAUAACAACAGCACAUUGAUCAUCUCGUACCAAAAAGUACUGAACUGUUGUGGAACUCUAGCUAACAACUGUUCAUAUCAAGAACCAGGUACAAAGGACUGCGAGACAGGUGUAAAGGAUUUCUUCAACAGUAAACUCUUCAUCAUUGGGUACGUUGGCAUCGGCAUCGCUGGCGUCAUGAUCAUCGGGAUGAUCUUCAGUAUGGUGCUUUGCUGCGCUGUACGUAACAGUAGGGAGGUCAUCUGAACAACUCAAAGAGACUCAACACACACUUUCAUCUCCCGUCCGUCAUCUGCCGAGUGAUCCGGGAAGCACUUCUCAAAGGAUCUCCCUUUAUUUUCUCGUGCGGUCUUUUAUUUCACAAAUUCAUACCAUGCAGAUGGGACUUGGCGACUUCUGUUACAGACAAUAUUAUGUUGCCCCUUCUUAUCUUUCAGAUCGUCUUCCCCUGUGACUGUUUGGCAAGCAUGAACACAAAUUUGAACCCACAUACUUUCACGGUAGUUUCCGAGGUUUUUCAUACAACCCAAACGCUUGUCUUAGUCUUAGGAAGAGAAGCAAUAGGUUAACAUUUUCGGGAGACAUGCUUAUUUAUUGAUUCCGACAUGAGUCUACAGCCAGCAAGUAGCUGUUUUUUCCAACAUGAUUACUCGAAAACCAGGAGUGUCAAUCUCAUUUUUUGUUGCGAGCCAAAUUGCUGUUAGGUUUUCCCUCAGAAGGCCGUUAUGACUGUGGAACCAUAUAAAUGUAUCUGCACCUUAUCAUAUCAUUAUGGAACCUCGGGUUUCAUAUUUAUUCGGUUGUUGACAUCUUUUCUCCCGGUUUUUGUACAUCCGCAUGGUUUUUGUUGCAAAUGGUCCAAACACAUUCACCUGUCCGCGUUACUACUUACUUUUUAAUUUUAAAAUGCCUCCCAUUUCUCAGUGUUAUUAAGAGUGAAGACAACUUGAAAUUCCGGUCCAGAGGAACAUGAUGGAGACGCACGUGAUUUACUUUUUUAAUUGAUUUACUUACGCGGGCCACAUGAAAUGAUAUGGCGGGACACAUCUGGCCCCGGGGCCUAAGUUUGACAUCUUGCUAUAAACUGAAGAAAAUUCUUACCUUCGCUAUACGGGAUAUAUGAUUAGGUUAUUUCAUAUCCAAUGUUGGACAGUAAUUUUAGCCAUUUUUAUUAUUUUUUUUUAUUUCCCCCUUUUUGAUUUUUCAACUAUAUUUAUCUGUAUUUGUUUUUUUUUAAGAUAGAAAUGAGACCAAACUUUGUCUGCAAUACAACUCUAAAAAUUGUGGGGAUGGAAAAAAAAUAAUAAUAAUAAAUAAAACAAAUCAAAAUUUCUAUGGUAAGAAUGACUUGAACUCAUUUGGUCGGAGGAUUAAGCCAUUGGCACGAAUAUCAAAUUUUCGUCACCGUCACCGAUCGCUCUGUAAAUCUGGACCAUCGUCCAUGUCCAAAAGUCUUCAAUCACGACCAUGUUCACGAGCUAAACAAAAACAGAGGCCUGUUAUUUGAUAAAAAGCACCAGGGUUGACAAAUCUACCCAUCGAUGACUAUCAACAAAUUUGUCCAUUUGUUCCCCUCUGUGCUUUUGGGGGGGGGGGGGGGGGGGGGGGGUCAAACAAAAAAACGUCUUAAGAUGAAAAGAUGUUUUUUUUAUUGUUGGUUCUAAUUCACUUCAUGCGCUAUUAUGUAAAUAUCUGUCAAGUUUUUGUAGCUGUACAUUUUUGUGGCUGAUUCGAUCGUACUGCUUGUAGAUAAAGUUUGGAAAUAGUUGCACAGUCAGCAUUUGCGUAAAAAAAAAAAAAAAAAAAUCAUAAUAAUAAUUCCAUAGGGCCAAAAACAGCCUUUCAAUGUGCCUUUUGUCAGUGACAAACUUUUUUAGCAACAAUGUGCUGCCUGUCUGGAUGUAGAACGUAGAAAAAGGUGUACAUACGAUAGUGACGUUGGACUGCAUUUCGUGAGCACAUUUUCAACGAGUAGCACGCAUGAGUCCAGUUCUUUUGGUUUUUGGUGUUGUAUUAGUUGUUUCACUCAACUGUAAGAGGAAAAAAAGUGUGUUAAAAAUGCGUGACCGAUUACAUGUAUUCAAGCUACGUAGGACAUAACCGUAUUUUGUUUAUAUUAUAGGAGUGACAUACCACUAGAUGUACAAAGGUGAUGGGCCGUGUAAUGGGAAGUGACGUUUUUUUUUUUUUUGUUCAUCUAAAAGAACAUUUAUGAGUUCAGCGAUCACUCAAACAAGUGGACGUUACGUUGUCCACUGGGGCCAAGUCCUGUUCGUGGUAAGAUGACGAUUUUGUGGUUUUGUCCAACACCGGAUCGAUUCAUUCAUUGUUUAAGGCAUUUGUCUCGAUACUUUUGUCUAUAAAGCUGAAGAACAGGAUGGACAACAUUGUUCCUCAAGCCACGUUACAUGCAUACACUUGAUGUCAUGCAAUGCUCCCUCACUAAACAACUGUGCACACCGUCAAGCCGUUUUCUAUUCAAUUCUCUGUUAAUUUAUUUUGUUACCAUUCUGGGCUUCUCAGGUUGACACGGUAGGUGUUUGAAGUAGAAUAAAGCAUCUAAAGUUUUAAA